AUUCCUCCCUCGCGGAGUCGCGGAUCAUCAACCGGACCCAUUGUAUUUGUAUAUAAGGCCUGGUUAAUUAAAUAGAAAAAAGAAUAAAAAAAAAAGAAGAAAAAAGCUUGGUUCUCUUCCUGUGUUCUUCUCGUAGACUUGAUUCACUCCAUCAACCAUGUCUGGGGAAUCAGCCAGCGCAAUUCAUAAAAGCCAAGUUGAUCUGUUGGACUUCAUUGAUUGGUCUGGCGUUGAAUGCCUUAAUCAAAGCUCAAGUCACUCUCUUGCCAAUGCUCUCAAGCAGGGGUAUAGAGAAGAUGAUGGUUUGAAUCUGGAGAGUGAUGCGGAUGAGCAGCUUUUGAUUUACUUACCUUUUACUCAAGUCAUUAAGUUGCACUCUAUUGCCAUAAAAGGACCUGAAGAAGAAGGUCCUAAGACAGUGAAACUGUUUUCAAACAAGGAGCACAUGGGAUUCAUCAAUGUCAACGACUUCCCACCAAGUGACACAAUUAAUUUGUCUCCUGAUAAUCUUAAGGGGAAACCAGUUGUUUUGAAGUAUGUCAAGUUUCAAAAUGUUCGCAGCUUGACAAUUUUUAUUGAAGACAAUCAAUCUGGUUCUGACCUUACAAAAGUUCAAAAGAUUGUUCUGUAUGGUUCAACGGUGGAAACAACGGACAUGAAGGGUUUGAAGAAGAUUGAGGAUGGUCACUAAAGUAAAAGAAAAGUUGAUGGAUAAACUAAAUUGGAUCUUUUAGAACCAUUGUUACUCCUCUUCUUUUGGUGUUUCUGCCCUGCCAAAAUUUUUUUGGAUUAAAGUUGCAAUAUAAAGAGCAUGUGAUGCCAAAUUGAUGUGGCUUUUUCUCUCAGUCCCCUGUACCAGAAUUCAAGCUUAGACUGUUAUGAGAAUGGUUUAUGUGGCUUAAUCGUACUUGGGUUACAUUCUUGUUCUGUUUUAGUCCCAUGCUUAUAGGAUGAACAAAAUUAAUAAUGAUGUGAAACACAAUGCCUAAAAAGCUUGUUUGGGCAACAAAGUUGAGCCACAAGCAUGGUCCAAUUUAGUCUCCUUUUUGUGUAAGUUUUAUUUCCUAAAACUGCUUGAAAUAAAGGUAGAAUUAAGAAAGACAAUAUUAAAAUUUAAGUUUGGCCUUGAGGAAUUUUUGUAAUAGACGAUUAUAAAUAACAGGAACUGAAAAGAAGCAUUAAAACAUUAGGUAAAGAGUCACUAUUAAAAGUUAUAACGUCAACAUUAGAAUCCUUUACAUUUCAGCACCGAUGGGAGAACGGCCAAGUUAUUUCUAGAUUUCUAAGUGAGAUGAAAUCUAAUUAGAAGGUACAACAUCAAUCAUUUCCUAUUCAUUAUGAAUUUAUGAGGAAAAAUACAUAAGAAGUCCACGGACAAUCCAAGACCAUCGACUAGCCAUAAGGAAAGGCAGAAAGAAAACAUUUACCCAAAGGUUUACAAUGCAAUAGCCGAUACAAAGGCCUUGUAAAUGCUGAAAUCAACUUAUAUAAGAGGGGAAACACCCAUUUGAUCGACAAUUGUAGUCUCUGAACAUCAACUGCUUGCUGAAUAGAAGUCAAUGCUACCUAUUUGCGUCCUUGAAGUUGAAUUUACAUCUCGUACUGCCAGAAACCGAAACCUG